AUGUGGAGUCUGCUGUUCGCCCUGGCCGCGUGCGCGCCUGCCGUCGGCCCAAGUCUAGGGGCGGCCGACGCCUCAGUGCUGGGUCUUGCGCCACCCGCGACCACUGAAGCCUCGGUCUCGACCCCCGCUCCGCAAAGCAACCCGGCACGGCCACCCGCGGAGAAAGGGAACGGGACUACAGGACAGAAUGUCCGGAUUCGAGUCAUCAAGAAGAAAAAAGUCAUCAUGAAGAAAAGAAAGAAGAUAACUGGCCCCAGUCCCCCAGUGACUGCCAAUCCUGCAAAGACCUUUGACCCCCCUAAGGAGCAAAAACCAGACUGUCCUCCUUUGGGCCUGGAAUCCCUACGAGUUUCAGACAGCCAGCUUGAGGCAUCCAGCAGCCAGUCCUUUGGUCUUGGACCACACCGAGGACGGCUCAACAUCCAGUCAGGUCUGGAGGAUGGUGAUCUGUAUGAUGGUGCCUGGUGUGCUGAGCAGCAGGACGCCGAGCCGUGGCUUCAGGUGGAUGCUCGGCACCCCACUCGCUUCUCAGGUGUUAUCACACAGGGCAGGAACUCUAUUUGGAGGUACGACUGGGUCACAUCAUACAAAAUCCAGUUCAGCAAUGACAGUAGGAGCUGGUGGGGAAGCAGGAACCGCAGCACUGGCAUGGACGCAAUAUUUCCAGCCAAUUCAGACCAAGAGACCCCAGUGCUGAACCUCCUGCCGGAGCCCCAGGUAGCCCGUUACAUUCGCCUGCUGCCUCAGACCUGGCUCCAGGGAGGUGCAGCUUGCCUCCGGGCAGAGGUCCUGGCCUGCCCAGUCUCAGAUCCUAAUGGCCUGUUCCCUGGGGCCUCUGUACUGGAAUCCUCUGAUCCUCUGGAUUUUCGGCAUCACGAUUAUAAGGCCAUGAGGAAGCUGAUGAAGCAGGUGAACGAGCAGUGCCCCAACAUCACUCGCAUCUACAGCAUCGGAAAGAGCCACCAGGGCCUGAAGCUGUAUGUGAUGGAAAUGUCGGACCGCCCUGGGGAGCAUGAGCUGGGAGAGCCCGAGGUACGCUACGUGGCCGGUAUGCACGGAAAUGAGGCCCUGGGGCGGGAGUUGCUUCUGAUGCUGAUGCAGUAUUUGUGCCGUGAGUUCCUCCGUGGCAACCCACGGGUGACCCGGCUGCUGACAGAGAUGCGCCUUCACCUGCUGCCCUCCAUGAACCCUGAUGGCUAUGAGACCGCCUACCGCCGGGGCUCGGAGCUGGUGGGCUGGGUAGAAGGCCGCUGGAACUACCAGGGCAUUGACCUUAACCACAACUUUGCUGACCUCAACACACCACUGUGGACUGCAGAGGAUGAUGGGUUGGUGCCUCACACUGUCCCCAACCAUCACCUGCCACUGCCUACUUACUACACCUUGCCCAAUGCCACUGUGGCUCCUGAAACACGGGCUGUGAUCGAGUGGAUGAAGCGGAUCCCCUUUGUGCUAAGCGCCAAUCUCCAUGGGGGUGAGCUCGUGGUGUCCUACCCAUUCGACAUGACUCGAACCCCAUGGGCUGCCCGUGAACUCACUCCCACUCCCGAUGAUCCUGUGUUUCGCUGGCUCAGCACUGUGUAUGCUGGCACUAAUCGGGCCAUGCAGGACCCGGACCGCCGCACCUGCCACAACCAAGACUUCUCCUUGCAUGGCAACAUCAUCAACGGGGCUGACUGGCACACUGUUCCUGGGAGCAUGAAUGACUUCAGCUACCUACACACCAACUGCUUUGAAGUCACUGUAGAGCUAUCCUGUGACAAGUUCCCGCAUGAGAAUGAGCUGCCUCAGGAGUGGGAGAACAACAAAGAUGCCCUCCUCACCUACUUGGAACAGGUGCGCAUGGGUAUUACAGGAGUUGUGCGGGACAAGGACACGGAGCUUGGGAUUGCUGAUGCUGUCAUUGCCGUGGAGGGGAUUAACCAUGACGUAACAACAGUUUGGGGUGGGGAUUACUGGAGGCUGCUGACACCAGGGGACUAUGUGGUGACUGCCAGUGCUGAGGGCUACCAUUCAGCAACACGGAACUGUCAGGUCACCUUUGAAGAGGGCCCUGUUCCCUGCAAUUUCCACCUCACCAAGACACCCAAACAGAGACUGCGAGAGCUGCUGGCAGCAGGGGCCAAGGUGCCCCCUGACCUUCGGAGGCGACUGGAGCGGCUGAGGAAACAGAGAAAUUAGAAGAAUUCUCCAGCUGAGAUGCCCUAUAGCCUUGGGCAGGCUGGACCUGUCCAGAACUGAAGGAAAGGGUGGAGAGAGGGGAGGGAGGGACUAGGGGAGAGGUGUUCAGGCUCAUUAAAGCUAUCUGGCACGUCAGC